CACAGAAAAGAACGACGAAGAAAGACGAAAAUAUUCGCUUGUGGUUGGUUGACGUUUGCGUUUGGGUUCGCUUGCCUGGUGCCCAUCGAAAAAGUGUUUGCAUUCCCUCCGUCGUACACUUUCUUUGUCGCUGGCUGCGAAAACAGUGCUAGGUGCAUUGGCAUUCGCCACCGGGAAGCUCCCCGCCGCCGUGUCCGCGUUCGAGCAGUUGCAUACCACCGUCCGAACGCUCUCCGAGGGUGUGCGCCGAUUCGCUGUCGGGGGCCGACGACGCACAGUUGGUAUGUCCCAGGAGGAGCACCCAGCAAUCGCUGCGGCUCCAUCCCUUCCGCACCUUGCACCGAUGCUGCAGUGCAUUGGCGCGGGGGGCGGUGAGUCGGAUGGCGAUCCAACGGCAACACUGGCCGCGGCAGCAGCGGCCGCAUCGACCGCGUCCGCUAUCGCAGGUGUAUCCGUUGCGCUGACGGAGCCUGCGUCGGAUCCCACCAUCACGCCGCUCGGUCCAUCGCCGCCAGCCUCGAUCGUGAACGGUGCCGUGGGGCCCGAAGUAGCCGCCGCUGCCGCCGUCGGCGCGUUGCCAGACUUCCAGCACUACGACGAAAGCGAGGACGAUGCGGAGGAUCCGUACCAUUCAGAGUCGAUCAGCAUCGAGCGAAUACGGCAGUAUCUGUCCGACAAGCUCGGUUUCCAUACGGGGGACGGGUUCGAGAAUGAGAACGGUUCGGGUGGCGCUGCCCGACGGCGGGUGCUGGAAACGGUCGACAUUGACGGUGUGCUAAAGCACUGGAAGAGUGGAGGCUUCAAGAAGAUCGUCACCAUGGUCGGUGCCGGUAUAUCAACCUCCGCUGGCAUUCCAGACUUUCGCUCGCCCAACACGGGACUGUACAACAAUUUGAUGAAGUACAACCUGCCGUACCCGCAGGCCAUCUUUGAGCUGGAGUAUCUGCACCAGAACCCGAAACCGUUCUUCACGCUCGCCAAGGAGCUCUACCCGGGCACGUUCAAACCGACACCGUCGCACUACUUCGUGCGGCUGCUCGAGCAGAAGGGUUUGCUGGUGCGCCACUACACGCAGAACAUUGACACGCUGGAACGUAUCGCUGGCAUUCCGGAGGAUAAGAUAGUGGAGGCGCACGGCACAUUCUACACCAACCACUGUCUGGAGUGCAAGAUCGCGUACAGCUUGGAGUUUGUAAAAGAGAAAAUUUUCGCCGACGAAGUACCGACCUGCCCGUGCGGUGGCGUGAUCAAACCGGACAUCGUGUUCUUUGGCGAGGGUCUGCCGGAGCGGUUUCACAUGCUGCCCCACCAGGACUUUGCCGAGUGCGAUCUGCUGAUCAUCAUGGGCACGUCGCUAACGGUGCAACCGUUCGCCUCCCUGGUCGAGUACGUCAACGACGAUUGUGUCCGGUUGCUGAUCAACCGGGAUAAGGUCGGGUGCAACAGUUUCGGCUUCCUCCGCUCGAUGGUGUUCGGCGAGGGGCUGUGCUUCGAUCUGCCCGGCAAUCGGCGUGACGUCGCCUGGACGGGUAACUGUGACGAUGGGUGCUUCUUCUUAGCCGACCAGCUCGGAUGGGGUGAUGAGUUGCGAAAGUUGGUCGAAACGGAGCACGCAAAGAUAAAACCGAUUCGACCAAUUGCCACGAACGCAAUAGCAGUGCCGGACGGCACGGUCGUUGAUAUGGAACCGACCACAGACAUUCACCAUACCGACGAUCACUGUCUGGUGGACGAUGCGGAAUGUUUGCUGCCGGAGGACGAACACUUUAACGAUGUUGCCGAUGGUCUUUCAGGGCAGGGCGGUGGUGUGGUGGUGUGUGCCGGCGCCGGUGUUGAUGACAGCGAGGGAAGCGUCCAAGCAAUGGCCACCGAUCCGCACCACGACCAUGAUGAACCAACCGUGCUAGAGCCUCAUCAUCCCAACCAUCCUCAUCAUCAUCAUCAUCAUCAUACUACGGAACCGAAUAGCCAUCAUCAUCAUCAUGCACAGCUGCACCAUCAUCAUGCCCAUCAUCAGCAUCAUCCCGAGCAGCAGCAGCAGCAGCACGAAAAGAUGGAGGAGCAUCAUGACGAUGAGGAGGUGGUGGUCGAGCAGCACCCGAAGACGACGACGAUGGAAGAUAAAACUUAACUCCAAAAGCUACUCCAACGGGGUAAGAAGAGGGGUCAGUCGCUGCAACAGCUGCAUGCACGAUACACAAACACACCCCCACACCCACACCUUAACAAAGAAAUGCUGAGAUGCGAAGAGAAAAACGCUUCCACAAUUUACCACAAAACGAAACACGCGUCGGAGCAGAAAACAGAUAAGUAAACAUCAAUCCCUUCUUACAACUUUAUUCCAUUUUUCCGCGAUACGCUUUCGAGAAGUCAAGUCCUCCCCAACACGUUUGGCCCUUGGCUACAAACACUAGAAAUUUUGCACCCUUUUUAAAGAACAGCACCACAUACCACAUGCUAAUUUCAGUUUUUAACAAAAGCCGAAAUUAUAGAUUAAGACACACAUACACACAAAAACAAGAAAAACAAAACAACAAACCGACGACAACUGUCCCUAAAACACGAUCGCGAUUGAAAUGAAUAUACAUAGGAUUAAAUCAAAGAAUUAGGGGAGUCAAACGGGAUAAGAGAGAAAAAUAGAGAGAGAGAGAGAGAGAGAGAGAGAGAGAGAGAGAGAGAUAUAUUUAAGGAUGCUUUAGCAAAGAUUAAGCGUUUUUCGUGUGUCUCUCCAUACUUGGGGAGCUUACCGAAAAGGUUAUAUUUUUACAAACGCACUCCAAUUCGUUUCUAUUUCGGUUCUAAAAUAUGUUUUUUUUUUUUGCAUUACAACGCCGUCGUAAUGUAUGGGUGAACUGAACAGUUCAAAUUGCCUUGCAUUGGUAGCGAUCGUUCUAUUAAAAAAAAAAAAAACAGGAUUUUUGCGGGCCACCACCUUUCCACAGCCCUGCGUAUGAGGGGGCGGCUUGGUCCCCUUUCUAGAUUUGAUCCCAUGGCGGGCUUGCUGCAGAGUCGCGUACGUACAGCUCGACGACUGUACCAAACUGAACCGAUGACCAACUUUUAAACAGUUUAAGUUUACAUUGAGUUUCAAAAUUGAGCAGAAUAUUAUAAUUUUUUAAUGCAACCAAAUAAGCUCUCAAAAAUCAUGCGAACAAUCAACCGAGAAAAUAUUUACACCACCGUAUAGCUGAGAAAACGUGAAAUUUUUUGUGGGGUUAGUUGAAAAAAACUUUUUUUUGUCACUGAAAAAUUCAAUUUCAAAAAAGUUACAACUUUUGGGGCAAGUGUGCCAUCUCUGUUUGGGGCAAGUGUGCCUCCAUCUUUCAUAGGCGCGAGCUGUUAAAAAUGUAAACAUUGUUGUAGCGUGCUGCGGAAUGGUGCGCUAUUGUGAUCGGAUUCCACGCCAGAAAAACAGAACAGUAACAAACCUUAUUGUGGUACAAUUGGUGGUCAAAAAGGGUUCAUUGGUGACUAAAUACAUGUAGGAAUACAUGCACUAGUGGUACAAACGUAAUAAUUUCCAAUUAUCUAAGAAAUACGGUUAUUUUAACCAGGUGGCCGUCUUGCCCCAUACGAGUGGCACUCUUGCCCCAUAGCCCAAAAAAGAACGUCUUUUUGGACCUUUUUUAAAACGCUUCAAAAACUGUUUUGUUUGCACUUUUUUCAAGCGAAACUCAUUUAUAAGUGAGGAAAUAUAUGUAAAAUGGUUAUGAGAUUUAAAUCGGCUUUUGAAAAACACGUUUUAGUGAGUUAUAACUUGAAAUGCUUAAGGUGGCACACUUGCCCCAAGUUCCGCUACCACUGGUCAUACAAUCCUAGCCCUCCCUCCCUCCCUUGCUGUCUGAACGGAAGACGCCGCAACAACGAUCAGCAAGCUUGUCCUUCGCAUUAUCCAUCCGACAGUUCUUGUGACAUUUUAAAAAUCAACUCAAUCGACGAUAAGUACGGAAUUGGAUUAUGAUGAUGAAAGGGCAAUAUAUUUUUCCAAUUUCUUGCGUAAAGAAUGAAAACACUCUUUAUGAUGGAAAUAAUAGGGUAGAGGUUGGGAGAGAGUCGGUUUAUAGUCGGAUUAUAGCAAAAAACAGGGCUGAUCCGAUGGGAAGCGAUGGAUAGUUUUUACACGGAUGUAACGAUAAUUCAAAAUUUACAUAACUUCUGCUAGAACGCGUGCGCCUUUAAGCUUUUGGGUUGCGGUGAACAACAAAACUCAACGGAGAGGGUAGGCACGUGGACGUGAUGGUAAAAAUGCGAGACAUCAAUUACACUGAAACAAACACACACACGGACAAGCAAACACGUGAUCGGACGAAAUGGAUAUAAAUAUUUAAAUAGAUGAAAGAAAACAUAGCGGUAUAUUAUUAUUUCUUUAUGCAGCAAACAAGCAGUCCAAUUUACGACGCAACUAUUUGUAAUAAACCUGGGGCUAAUACGAAUUCUACGACAGAA